ACGAGCAGUUGCACUGUUCACACAUACGCGCAAGCUAGCAGAGGCUAAAGCAGGAAGAGACUGUAGCUCUGGUUAGACUUUGCGGUAAUGGUGGUGACUGGUGAGACCUUGAGAUCACAGAAAGAACUAUUCCUUUGUUAGAGAGUCCCUACUCCGUAGUGUUCUACUGGGUUUUCUGUGGAUUAAAGUAGGAAUGGGCGUGGGGGGUAACUUUUGGGAUUUACUCAAACCCUACGCGCGAAACGAAGAUUUCGAUUUCCUGAGAAACAAGAGAGUGGCAGUGGAUCUCUCUUUCUGGAUCGUUCAACAUGAGACUGCCAUUGGGAAGAACGCAAGGAAUCCUCAUCUCAGAGUCACUUUCUUCAGAACCAUUAAUCUCUUUUCCAAGUUUGGAGCGUUUCCGGUCUUUGUAGUUGACGGGAUUCCUUCUCCGUUGAAGUCACGGGCGAGGAUCGAACGGUUCUUCCGUUCAUCCGGCAUUGAUGUAACGGAUAUUCAGAACUCAAAGGAAAGAGUUUCUGUUGAAAGGAAUCGGUCUUUUACGAAAUCCGUUCGGGAGUGCGUGGAGCUGCUUGAACUCCUUGGAAUGCCGGUACUAACAGCGAAAUCUGAAGCUGAAGCACUCUGCGCUCAGUUAAAUAGUGAUGGUCAUGUAGAUGCUUGCAUCACGGCUGACAGUGAUGCUUUCCUCUUUGGGGCCAAGUGUGUCAUAAAAUGUCUGCGGCCUAACUCCAAAGAACCAUUUGAAUGCUACUGCAUGUCAGAUAUUGAAGCUGGUCUUGGGCUGAAAAGGAAACAGUUGGUAGCCAUCUCUCUUUUGGUUGGAAAUGACCAUGAUUUAAACGGGGUGCAAGGAAUCGGGCUUGAUACAGCGCUACGCUUUGUCCGGAUGUUCCCUGAGGAUGAGAUUUUGAACAGGUUACGUGAAGCAGGCAGAGGGGAGAUUCCAUUUCAGGAUGGUAAUAAACCUACUGGUGAUUGCUACGGACCGAGUACAAAUGAGAGCUCUUCUAGGAUGAAAUCUACUCAUUGUUCAUACUGUGGGCACCCGGGGAACAAAAGUGCUCAUCUCAAGCUUGCUUGCAAGUAUUGCGCUGCUACCGGUAAUGAGAAUUGCAUGCAAAAGCCAGCGGGGUUCAAAUGUGAAUGCUCUUCUUGUGACAUGGAUCGGAAAAGCAAGGAACUGAAGAAACAUAAAAAUUGGCAAAUCAACGUUUGCAGAAAAAUUGCCAUUGAGAAGAAUUUUCCAAACAACGGGAUCAUUGAAAUGUGUUUAAGUGACCAGCAUGGAAAUUUCACAGAAAAUGAGGGGCCUUCUUUAAAGUGGGAAAACCCCAGGACUGAGACACUUGUUGACUUCCUAGUUUACCACCAGCAGUGGGAGCCAUCAUACAUACGGCAGAGGAUGCUUCCGAUGCUAUCCACUAUUUUUUUGAGAGAGAAGGCAUCGAGUCUGGCAGAAGGCUUGUUGUUGUACGGACAAUAUGAAUUCAAUUCUAUUCAACAAGAGAAGAUAAGAUAUGGCCACCCAUUCUAUGUGGUCAAAUGGAAGAAGGCUGACAUUGCUGUGCUCUGUGGUAUCCAUAUGGUCCCAACUGAGCAGUCUGACCAACAAACAGUGGAGUUGGGUGGAGUGAGUGAGUCUCUUGAGGAUGAGCCUGAUGUCCCAAAGAUUUUGGUUGCUAAUGACUGUUGGUUUCUGACGACUGAUGAAAAUAUGGAGCUUGUUCAGACAGCAUUUCCAGAAAAAGUUGAGACAUUCUUGCAGGAGAAG